AACAGCAGUGACCGCCAGUUAAGUGCGAUUGGUGUUUAUGGCCUUUCGCAAUUGCUGCAGCUACCUUCGCCACCCACACCCUGGCUUAUGCCGUUGGCCUGGCCAAAUCGUAAGCACUCCCCGGCGGGCCGUAAAUCAUGCUCACUUACCUCACUGGUGGCGCCAGUGGCCAUGUUGCUGCCACUGCUGCUGUGGAAAUCGACGGAACCACCUGAUGAGCGUCGCGGCUUGCCGAUGUCCAGGCGUAGGAUACCCGGCUUGGGACGCCGGGGCGGACCAGUGGUGGCUGUGGUAGUAGCAGUGGCAGUGGCGGUGGCAGCUGGUGGCACGGAAUCGGGACUGGCAAGCCCCGGAGCUCCAGAUGGCUCCGCACUUUCACUGCCAACCAAAUACGCGAUUCACUGCGCACACACGUCCGCCGUGCAGCGCCAACGCGAACAGACUAUACCCGUGUCCUGGCCGCAAUAUCCAUAUGUCCUGGAAGCAACAAUUACGCGCGCAGCCACGGGCACUGAAAAUAAAAUGUGA